AUGUCCCUCGACAGCCUUCGUGAUGCGUAUUUCCGGGAGAAAACGAAUGAGAUUGCACAAUGCGCGGCUUCGUUGAAGCGCAAGCUGCGCGAGCUUUAUGGGACUACCGCGCUUCUGAACGCGGGUCACCCGCUCCAGGCCCAACACUUGGCCCUCAACGAUGAACCAGACGAGGACGAGGCCCGUUUUCUGGACGAAAACGACAUAACUAAACGACGACGCUUUAAUGAUGCAACUCUGCCACCUCCUCUUCCUCUCACAUCACCGUUCCAGUCAUCUACCGGCCCGGAUUUAUCUUUUACAUCCAAGUCGUCACCAGCUACCGCCGUCGGUCCAAGCCUGGAGGAGCAGCUGCGCGCCGCAUCUGCAUCGCCGUCUGUUGCCACACAGCGGCCGCCCCCGACGGAGGAACCAGGCGAAACCGAACCAUCCGCCGUCGCGAAGCCUGCAUCAAUUCCAUCAGGUGUUGAGGCACCUCACGCUGCCGCAUCCCCAGGCGACGCGACUGCUGUCGAUGAGGCUUCCGGUGAACUGCAGCAGGCACCUCCAGUAACAGAGACACCCGUUACUCAAGACUCAAGAGAAGCGAACAUCGUCGCGGACGCACCAGCUGUUGACCUGCGAGAUGCCAUACCACCGUCUACCGAGGAAGAGGACGCACUACCAGAGGACGGAUUGGUGAAUGGGCGAACGCCAAAGCCGCCUAAAGCACCGCAAGUUGUACACCUACCACCUCAAGAAGUACAGGAGGCGAAGUUGAAAGAGAGAGCGCGGAGGCUAGAGAAGGCAGCAGAAAAGGAACGUAAAGAGGAGGAGAGAUUAGCAUUGCCGAAUGGCAACGUACCGGCGGAUCUGGCAUCGUCACCAUCAUCCACUGUUGGACCGUACUCGCAAGCGACGCCACACCCUCAACAUCACUCUCCCGACACCAGUCCAGAAACCGAGUCGUUCCGUGAGCGAAGGCAGUCGCUUAUCGAGGCAGGCCUAGUGGAUCCUGUGGCGGAACAGGCCAAAGAAGAGCAUGAGCGCGCGUUACAGGAACAGAUGCGCCUGGCAAGGGAGUCUGCUCGUGCAGAGAGUACCGCGGAGGAUGACGUUGAAAGACAGAUCGAAGAUGAGCAGGCUAUCCGCUUGGCACGUGAUGGAAAAGCACGAUUGAGCGAGUCAGAGAGCGCUCCUCCUGUCGGACCGGAUGCUCUAAGUGAUCACGCCAGAGAUGUCGUUCGCGAAAUCGAAGCUGAAGAGGCGGAAACGGCUGUUGAGCAACCUGCGGCCGACUCACUACCGACACCUACCACGACUGCUCCUGAACCCUCAACGGCGGAACCUGAGAUAUCGGAUAGUGCGGAAGAGCAUCGGCCACGCUCCUCAUUAGGCCAAGAUCAUCCGACUCCACCUGCAGACAAUGAUGUGGAGAUGGACGAAGCACCUGUUUCUGUAAAAGAGCAACUGGCCCCUUCUACCUCCCCUCGACCCGAACGUAUGACAACACGAGUCUCAUCCGGCGCCCUGCAGCAAAAGUCCAUCGCUCAGAUCAUCGAAGAGCGUGCAGAGAAAUCGCCUGCAAAGGUUGUUCUUACACCACGUUCGAGCAACACGUCGCUGACUACAAGCCCUGCGCGGCCCUUGAAGGAGCAAAAGCGCAAAGAAGUAUCUACUGUCAUCUUUGCUAAGCCCGAUUUGAACCGGGCAGCGAAGGCGCUGCAAUUGUAUAAUGAGGAUUACGCAUCUCUUCAGGGCGCAUCACAAGACUCUAGCAGGGAUUAUCUGCAAGGUCUAUUCAAUUACCAGGCUCAUCACCCGCCUCGGUCAUCACCUCUUAUGGAUCUGGUCACUUCUGCGCGGAAAACUGUGUCAACGGCUGGGGUUCUUGCUACUAUUCGAGAGGCCCAUGACUACAAGAUUCUCAAGAGGGUUUACCAGCUGCAAAACGCGAAUCGGUGGUCCCUUCGGCAGUUGAAGAAGUCUGCUGAACCCGAGCGACCUAUUACCCAUCAGGAUCAUCUACUUGCCGAGAUGAAAUGGAUGCAAACUGACUUCAAGGAGGAGAGGAGCUGGAAAAAAUCUCUUGCUGCUACUUUCGCUGGAUGGUGCGCGGAUUAUGUGAACAGCACGCCCGAAGAACAAACGUCAUUACGAAUCAAAGCUCGUAUCCCGAAGUCGAAUGCAGCAGACCAAGACAUGGACGAUGCACCCACUCCGGAUCUGGUUCACUCUGGUGCGGACGCGGAAAGCGAGUCUUUCGCAGACGACGAAGAACUAUUGUCUCCGCUAUGUUCCAAUCCACCCGCUACGCUCUUCUCUUUGGGAUUCAACGAUGUCGUCAUGAAGAUUGACCGAACACCAGCUAGCGACGCGAUGCUCCACGAACUUCCUCUAUACGAGCCGAUACUGGAAGGCGCAAGCGACGUUACACCUUUGUCUUUCGUGGAUCCUCCUCUCGCCCCUGUAUCUAAAUUUGUCUGCGGUAAACUUGUGUCGCAAGUAAGGGGUCCUCCGAGAAAGCGCAGCCGCUACGAAUAUGAGUCAGAGGAUGAGCCAGCUACUCCACCAAGUAGAUCUGGAACCUCGGCCGAACAUUCUAUGCCCUCUACCCCUGGACGAAGGCUGUUCCACCGGAAUGAUCUGCCACCAGAGAUGAGUGAUGUAGCCUUGUUCCACCCCGAGAACAGGCAUAUCCGCGAUCGACUCCAAGCUUCUCACCAAUUCAGGCCGCCUACUGAGUUCCCGAUGCCGUCAGUGUCUUUCUUCGAGAACCGGCAAUCGUCACAGUGGCUAUGGGAAGAGGAUCAGAAGCUACGUGCCUUGGUAAAGGAGUAUACUUUCAACUGGUCAUUGGUCGCACAGCAGCUUGCUUUGCCUUCAAUGCUCGUAGCUGGAUCCGGUCGACGAACGCCUUGGGAAUGCUUCGAGCGUUGGGUGCAACUUGAAGGGCUGCCCUCAGAGAUGUCUAAGACGCAGUACUUCAGGACGUAUCAGAGCCGCCUUGAGCAAGCGCAAAGGACCGUUGCCGCUCAACAUCAAGCACAGCAACAGCUCAUCCAGCAGCAGCAACAAAGUGGCCAGAAUAUUCCAGCUCAGACACCCCGAAGGCGGACAAACCAACCCAUUCGAGUUGAGAGACGGAGAGAAAACAGGCAUCUUGCCAUCAUCGACGGAAUGCGAAAGCUGGCUCGGAAGCGCGAGUCUAUCGCGCACAAGCAAGCCGAAUCGGCGAAAGCAGCCGCACUACGUAAAGCGCAAGAACCCAUACAGCCAAAGACCAACGUGCAUACUCCUCAAGAGUUCUCGCGCCUUAAGUGGGAACGUGAACAACGGAUCAAGCAGAAGCUUCUUGAGCAACAGCAACAAGAGAUGCACGCAAGACAAAUGGCGCAGCGGACAGCGCAGAUGCAGGCACAAGGCUUGGCCAACGGCUCCGGUCAACAACAACGGAUGGGAACGCCUGGUUCCAACCCCAACCUUACUCCACAGAUGGCGAACGCUGCUCAGCAAGGUUCAAACCCAGCUGCUAAUGCUGCUAUGGCGGCUCGGGCACAGCAGAACCAGAUGCAACAGGGCUUUCCCAAUGCCAACAUGAACGGCGGAAUGUCGAUGGGCAACACAGGUGUUCCACAAGCGCAGAUGCAGGCCAAUAUGUCCAAUGCUCAGCGGAUGGGUCCUCCGAAUCAGGCUCAGAUGGCGGCCAUGCAAAGAGGCCAAUAUCCCAAUGCUAACCAGCAACACCAGUUCCAGCUCCAACAACAGCAGAUCAACAUGGCUAGUAAUCUCACCCAGAACAUGGGAAUGAACAACAUGCCGAACGCGAACAUGAUGGCGUCCAUGGCAGGCCAGAACAUGAACGGGAACAUGACCCCUACAAUGAAUGGCAUGUCGAGCAACGCCGGAUCUCCUCGCAUCAAUCAGGCCUCUCCCAACAUGCAGACUGCUGCUCGCCCAUUGUCUAGUGGACACAUGCCGCAAUUAUUGCAAAUCCAAAACAAUCUAAAGGUACAGCAUCCGGAAUGGUCCCAAGAACAGGUCCAGAAAAUGGCGUCUGAUCAUCUUGCCCGGUUCCUAACGAAACAACGCGCACAGGCAAUGAAUGCAGCCGCAGGCUCCCCCGGCAUGGCCCAUUCUCCCCAGAUCGGCAAUAACAUGUACGUUCAAAAUGGCAAUAUGGGUGCCAACAGCCCAAACCAGGGUGCGGUCCACGCCUAUCAGCAGCAGCUUGUUCGCCAGCAGCAAAUGAUGAGCCAGCAGAGAGCGCAGGCAGGUAGCCCCGGUAUCAAUGCCGCCAGACCUUCGAGCAGGAGUGCAACGCCGCAGAAUCCGCAGCUGCAACAGAGCCCGGGUGUUCAACAAGCCCAAACGUAG